GACCUUGAUAUGCAGAUAGGCACCACAGGCAUAGGCUAAUGGAAGACAUGUGGAGGAGCCGUAUGUCCCUUUUGCCAGAGAUAAGGAGGAUGACUCCUUUUAGCAAAUCCUGGCCAAUGUCUUCCUCUACCUGUGCGCCAUCAUCGUGGGCAUCAUGUCCUACUACAUGGCCGACCGCAAGCACCGGAAGGCCUUCCUGGAGGCCCGCCAGUCGCUGGAGGUGAAGAUGAACCUGGAGGAACAGAGUCAGCAGCAGGAGAACCUCAUGCUUUCCAUCCUGCCGAAGCACGUGGCCGACGAGAUGUUGAAGGACAUGAAGAAGGGCGAGAGCCAGAAGGACCAGCAGCAGUUCAACACCAUGUACAUGUACCGUCAUGAGAACGUCAGCAUCCUGUUUGCAGAUAUUGUAGGCUUUACCCAGCUCUCCUCCGCCUGCAGCGCCCAGGAGCUCGUGAAGCUUCUCAAUGAGCUCUUUGCCCGCUUCGACAAGCUGGCGGCCAAAUACCACCAGCUGAGGAUCAAGAUCCUGGGGGACUGUUACUACUGCAUCUGCGGCCUGCCUGACUACCGGGAGGACCACGCUGUGUGCUCCAUCCUCAUGGGGCUCGCCAUGGUGGAGGCCAUCUCGUAUGUGCGGGAGAAGACCAAGACUGGAGUGGACAUGCGUGUGGGGGUGCACACGGGCACCGUGCUAGGUGGUGUCCUCGGCCAGAAGCGUUGGCAGUAUGAUGUGUGGUCUACCGAUGUCACUGUGGCUAACAAGAUGGAGGCUGGUGGCAUCCCAGGGCGUGUGCACAUCUCCCAGAGCACCAUGGACUGCCUGAAAGGGGAGUUUGAUGUAGAGCCUGGUGAUGGGGGCAGUCGCUGUGACUACCUAGAUGAGAAGGGCAUUGAAACCUACCUCAUCAUUGCCUCCAAGCCAGAGGUGAAGAAAACAGCUCCAAAUGGCCUCAAUGGCUCGGCCCUGCCAAAUGGAGCUCCGGUGUCCUCCAAACCCAGCUCCCCUGCCCUUAUAGAGACCAAGGAGCCCAAUGGGAGUGCCCAUGCCAGCGGCUCCACCUCCGAGGAGGCUGAAGAGCAGGAGGCCCAGGCCGACAACCCCUCGUUCCCCAACCCCCGUCGCAGGCUGCGUCUCCAGGACCUGGCCGACCGCGUGGUGGACGCCUCUGAGGAUGAGCACGAACUGAACCAGCUGCUCAACGAGGCCCUGCUGGAGCGGGAGUCCGCCCAGGUGGUGAAGAAGAGAAACACGUUCCUCCUAACCAUGCGGUUCAUGGACCCGGAGAUGGAAACACGCUACUCGGUGGAGAAGGAGAAGCAGAGCGGGGCCGCCUUCAGCUGCUCCUGCGUGGUCCUUUUCUGCACGGCCAUGGUGGAGAUACUCAUUGACCCCUGGCUGAUGACAAACUACGUGACCUUCGUGGUUGGGGAGGUUCUGCUUUUGAUCCUGACCAUCUGCUCACUGGCCGCCAUCUUUCCCAGGGCCUUUCCUAAGAAGCUCGUGGCCUUCUCGUCUUGGAUCGACCGGACCCGCUGGGCCAGGAACACCUGGGCCAUGCUAGCCAUCUUCAUCCUGGUCAUGGCCAAUGUUGUGGACAUGCUUAGCUGUCUCCAGUACUACAUGGGACCUUACAAUGUGACAACUGGGAUGGAGCUGGAUGGCGGCUGUAUGGAGAACCCCAAGUACUACAACUACGUCGCCGUGCUGUCCCUCAUCGCCACCAUCAUGCUGGUGCAGGUCAGCCACAUGGUGAAGCUGACCCUCAUGCUGCUCGUCACAGGCGCCGUGACUGCCAUCAACCUGUACGCCUGGUGUCCGGUCUUCGAUGAAUACGACCACAAGCGCUUUCGGGAACACUCUCCUGUGGUGGCCUUAGAGAAGAUGCAGGUAUUGUCCACCCCGGGGCUCAAUGGCACCGACAGGCCACCCCUGGUGCCUUCCAAGUACUCGAUGACUGUGAUGAUGUUUGUCAUGAUGCUGAGCUUCUACUAUUUCUCACGUCACGUGGAGAAACUGGCGCGGACACUCUUCUUGUGGAAGAUCGAGGUCCAUGACCAGAAAGAACGUGUCUACGAGAUGCGGCGGUGGAACGAGGCCUUGGUCACCAACAUGUUACCUGAGCAUGUCGCACGCCAUUUCCUGGGAUCCAAGAAGAGAGACGAGGAGCUGUACAGCCAGUCUUACGAUGAGAUUGGAGUCAUGUUUGCCUCCCUGCCCAACUUUGCGGACUUCUACACUGAGGAGAGCAUCAAUAACGGUGGCAUCGAGUGUCUCCGCUUCCUCAAUGAGAUCAUCUCCGAUUUUGACUCGCUCCUGGACAAUCCCAAAUUCCGGGUCAUCACCAAGAUCAAAACCAUCGGCAGCACCUACAUGGCAGCUUCGGGAGUCACCCCCGACGUCAACACCAAUGGCUUCACGAGCUCCAGCAAGGAGGAGAAGUCGGACAAGGAGCGUUGGCAGCACCUGGCCGACCUGGCCGACUUUGCGUUAGCCAUGAAGGAUACGCUCACCAACAUCAACAACCAGUCAUUCAACAACUUCAUGCUGCGUAUAGGCAUGAACAAAGGAGGGGUUCUGGCUGGAGUCAUCGGAGCCCGGAAACCGCACUAUGACAUCUGGGGCAACACAGUCAAUGUGGCCAGCAGGAUGGAAUCCACAGGGGUCAUGGGCAACAUCCAGGUGGUGGAAGAGACGCAGGUCAUCCUUCGCGAGUAUGGCUUCCGCUUUGUGAGGCGAGGCCCCAUCUUUGUGAAAGGGAAAGGGGAGCUCCUGACCUUCUUCCUGAAGGGCCGGGACAGGCCUGCCGCUUUCCCCAACGGCUCCUCCGUUACACUGCCUCACCAAGUGGUGGACAACCCCUGAGCGG